AUGGCAUUGAAGCUUGAUAUGCACAAGGCUUAUGACAAACUAGACUGGAGCUUUCUUGACAGAGUCCUUAGAGCAAAUGGUUUCAGUGACAAAUCCUGUAAGCUCUUAAUGGCUUGUGUCACUACGGUAUCGUACUCGGUUCUUUUGAAUGGAUGCCCUCUCAAGAAGAUCCAACCUGGUAGAGGUAUCCGUCAGGGCGACCCUUUGUCUCCAUUUUUAUUUGUUCUUCGUCAAGAAGUUCUUUCCAAGCUCAUAAUCAAGGCAGAGGAGAAAAGGCACACUAACGGUAUCAAGAUCAGUCAAGCAGCCCCCCCAAUUACUCAUCUAAUGUUUGCUGACGAUACUAUCCUUUUCACCCGAGCCAAUGAGAAGGAUGCCAAAGGAAUGGUGGAGUGUCUAUCAACAUAUGAGAAGUGGUCGGGUCAAUCCUGUAGUAGGCAUAAAUCCAGCGUACUAUUUUCAAAGAAUCUGAGCAGUGGCAAGAAGGACAACCUGUUGAGUAUUCUCAACAUUCAGCAAGUUCGUGGUAAUGAGAAAUAUUUGGGAAAUCCUUUUGUCUUUAAAAGACGAAAAAAGGAGGAGUAUUUGAGGCUGAAGAAUAGUAUGAUGCAAAAGCUUGAAGGUUGGAAGAUGAAACUCCUCUCGUAUGCAGCCCGAUUAACUUUGAUCAAAUCGGUGGCCUCAGCUAUGCCCAUUUAUGCAAUGUCCUCCAACAAAAUUCCUAUUGGUAGUUGUCGUGAAUUGGAUGCCUUGAUGAGAAAGUAUUGGUGGAUGGGGAACGUGGAUAAAAACAGAUUCUUAGCUCUCAAGUCCUGGGAUUUGAUUUGUCAACCCAAGUCCUCUAGAGGGUUGGGUUUAAGGAGGUGUGAAGACAUGAACAAGGCUUUAAUGUCCAAACUCGCGUGGAGCCUUGCUACCAAAAUGGAGCGGCCUUGGGUCGACUGCCUUUUGAAGAAGUAUUGCAGAUUUGAAAGUUUCUGGUGUGUAGAUCAGAGAAGCAGUGAUUCAUACUUAUGGAAAAGUAUCCUUGAGUCUAGGGAGGUUAUCUUCAAGGGUUCUAUGGCUAUUGCUACUUCUGGAGAGUCCAUAAAUUUCUGGAAUCAAUUAUGGAUUCCAUGGCUUGAGUUUCAAGAGUUUAAAGAGCUUUUGAACAACAUUAGAGGAAGAGGCUACACAAUUCAAACAUUAGCUGAUAUUUCGACUGGAAAUCAGUGGAAUGAGGAGGUAGUCAAUCAGGUUUUUGGCUCUGAUCUGGGGAAGAGAAUUCUGCUCAUUCCUAGGAUUCCUUCCCCUUUCUUCGAUCAAGUCUACUGGAAAAAUGAUAAAAAAGGAGAAUUUUUGGUUAAGGCAGCUUAUGGUGUGGCUAAUAGCUGGAAGUUUGCUCCUGUCAAAGAGAUUUGGAAGAAGAUUUGGGAUAAGGGAUUGCAUCCUAGAAUCUCUGUUAUGCUUUGGAGGGUUCUGAAUGAGGCUAUUCCUACCAAGGAUAGACUUCAUUUUAUUAGCGACAAAUCUUGUUUCCUCUGUGGCAAUGAGGAGGAGGAUGGCCGUCAUGUGUUUUGUCUCUGUGGUUACGCAAAAGCGCUCUGGUUUGGUGGUAGAUUUCCAAUUAGAAUAGACCAGAUUCAAGGUGAAAAUUUGAUUGCAAUUGUGGAAAACAUGCUAUUAUUGCUGUCGAAUGAAGCUUCUAUGCAGGAAGUGCUUCUUUAUGUGGGCUGUGUCUUCUCUGUUAUUUGGCAGUCGAGGAAUGAGCUUGUCUUCAAGAACAUCCCAGCUAAUCCAAGUUGGGACUUGGCAAAAAUUGAGAACAAGUUUCUAGAGUACCAUCUUAUGGAUUUAUUAAACAGAAAUCACCGAGAAGGGUCUCUCAGUAUCGACACCAGGGAACUUGCCUUGAUUGGGGGGAGUGAAGUUAAUUUGAGGCAGGGGCAUUCUAAGGUUAAACAUGCGUUUUUUACUGAUGCAUCUUGGCUGGGAGGAGACACUGGUCUAGCUGCAAUCGUAGUAGACUACAUCUCAGGUACCUGGUUUGUUAAGGCACACAGAUCACAUUCCCAUUCAGUUUUAGAAGCAGAGCUUAGUGCCAUCCUUUUAGCUCUUGAGUGGGCAGUGGAGUUGGGUUGGUCUGAGGUGUAUAUUUUCUCAGACUCGAUGACUGCAGUUCAAGCUUUGAAGUCACAGAAGGGUCCUCAUGACUGGAAAGUUUCAGCUUUAUAUUUCUCUUUAAUUAAUUUAACUAAAGUGAGUCCUGGUUUUAAGUUUUAUUUUGUCAAUCGUGGUUGUAAUUCUGUUGCGGAUGGUAUCGCCAAAAAGGCUAGAGUUUCUAGCGAUAUGGCUGUUUUGUAUCAAGGGGAGAGAAAUCCUCCUGUGAUUCCCAUCAACUUUCUAUUUAUAUGA